UCCCGGGGUAGGACAGUCAAAAUGUUUAGUGCCAUAGGCACCAGAUACAUGCACAAGGGACCCCGAUAGGCAGCGUGUGUCAGGGAAAAGGGAGACAGGUGUGGGCAUGCACAUGCGUGUUACUGGCCACGAGUUUGUGGACUUGGAGGCAAAAUUUUUGUUUUGGUUCCUAGGGUAAAUUUUCCAUUCAACAUUUUCCUCUUCUGUUUAGUUCUAGUUUUUUUUUUAUUACAAAACUUUGAAUAGAAAAAGUGCAGUGCAACACCUUUGAACGGACUGAGAGGCCAGCAGCGACAGCAGAUGGAUCCGGUGGCCAACAGCUGUGCGCGGAACCCCCACCCCCCAGCCCCGGUCUGGGGCUGCCUCCGAAACACCCACUCGGAAGGUAGCAGCGCUUCAGGGCUGUCCCAUUAUCCACCAACCCCGUUUUCCUUCCACCAAAAAUCAGAUUUCCCAGCGACAGCAGCAUACCCCGACUUCUCUGCUUCCUGCCUGGCCGCUACUCCACACAGCCUGCCCCGGGCCGAGCGCAUCUUCAAUGAGCAACAUCCUGCCUUCCCACAGACCCCUGACUGGCACUUCCCCAUCUCUGAAGCUGGGCAAAGGCUCAACCCAGGCCCAGCUGGGAGCGCCAGAGAGAUGGGGGCCGGCAGCCCAGGCCUGGUGGAGGGCACGGGAGGAUCCGGCGAGGACUACAUGGUACUUGGGAGCACUGCCAGUGAGCCGGAGAAGAAAUCCUCGAGAAGGAAAAAAGAACGAUCAGACAACCAGGACAAUGGAGGAAAACCGGAAGGCAGCAGCAAGGCCCGGAAGGAAAGGACCGCCUUCACCAAGGAGCAGCUGCGGGAGCUAGAGGCCGAGUUCGCCCACCAUAACUACCUGACCAGGCUGCGUAGAUACGAGAUCGCAGUCAACCUGGACCUUUCAGAGCGGCAGGUCAAAGUGUGGUUCCAGAACCGGAGAAUGAAGUGGAAACGUGUGAAGGGGGGUCAGCCUGUGUCCCCUCAUGAGCAGGACCCAGAGGAUGGAGACUCAGCAGCGUCUCCAACUUCAGAGUGAGAUGCUCCAAAGACCAAACCCCAGGAGAGACUGAACCCCUUUCCUCCUCCCUCCACCCAGUCCCACCAUCACCUCUUCUGAACCAAUCCAGAGAAGCCUCCAUGUCUCAUGUUCUCUUCGAUGUGAAAUUACCCAGCAUGUGGGAACCUUGAAUUCCCCAGAAGUUGCAACCCCUUCCCCGGGGCUUCAGCUUCCCACACUCUCUUGAACGUCACUGAACCUCCUGGUCUAGGGAAAUCUAGGCACAGCAUCUAGGAUACUCUUUUUCUGGAUCUCUUGGCUGCUACCUCCUGCCAUCCUCCUCCUACAUCAAGGUCUCCUCUGGGUCUAGCCCCCACCUGGCUUGUGCAGAAUUCCUUCCUUGGUACCAGCUGGUGACUUGUGAAGGAAUAACUCUCUCCAGAUGUUCACACCAUUGAGCUGAAGGCUAGAAAGCAGCCCCUGAAUCUAAGGAUGCAGAGGAUAACACAAGAGCUGAUGGACAAGGACUGACCUAGACAUGUGGACCUCUGGAGGAGAAAGUCUUCAGCCUGCAGCCUCCUGUGCUCUCUAAGGACUCUGAGUACAAAUGAGGACAGGAAAGCAGCCCCUCUUCCUCCAUGGGAUGCCUCUUGGCCUAUCCUGCGUGUUUCCUAAGUCUGUUUUGUGAGAAUUCGCAGGUUCACACACAUGCGCAGCUCAGACUUCAAACCCAACUUCUAAGGAUGCUCCUUCGAGGAUUGGUGGGCAAAGAGCCUUGGGCAACAGCAGCCUUGGAAGAGACCCCUGUGUGCCUCAGUAUUAGAUGCUGGGUCUCCCAAUCCCUGCUGAUGUUACAGAAGGAGGUCAGCAAGUAUUUUAAUUUCUUGCAUGUAGAUUUGAUCAUGAGUGUUGAAAAAUAAUCCCAGUUACCCCCACACACACAAGACAAAGCUAUGGAAAAUGAUUGUCAAAUGGGAUAACAGGUUAGAGCAUGUAUCAUUUUUCCCAUAAAGUAUACUUCCUGUUUUUUUCUUUCUAGGAUUACAUCAAGCUAAUUGUGCAAGGUCAAUUAACUUUGUAAGAAAACUCUCAGAGAAAUAAAUCAACAAAAAAAUG